CUUGAUAAAUCUGUUGUUAUGGACAACAAAGUGGACAUAAAUUCAAUUGUGGAACGGAUGUUAGGAGCCCGUCAGUUGCGAUCUGGUAGAACCGUAAUAAUAGCGGACUAUGAGGUUCGUCAUAUCAUUGCUAAAUCACGGAAAAUUUUCAUAUCCCAACCAAUGCUGCUGGAACUUGACGCGCCUUUAAAGGUAUGUGGCGAUAUCCACGGUCAGUAUGACGACCUUCUUCGUAUCUUCGCUGUCGGAGGAUUUCCUCCCAGUGUCAACUACCUUUUCCUUGGCGACUACGUGGACAGAGGGCAACAAUCCAUUGAGACAAUCUGCCUCCUCAUGUGCUACAAGAUCAAAUAUCCAGAAAACUUCUUCCUUCUGAGAGGAAACCACGAGUGUGCGAGCAUCAAUAGGGUUUACGGGUUCUUCGACGAGUGUAAACGAAAAUACAACCUCAAGUUGUGGAAGCUGUUUUGCGAAUGCUUCAACUGUAUGCCAGUAGCUGCGAUCAUAGACGAAAAGAUAUUCUGCUGCCACGGCGGGCUCAGCCCGGACCUCAAGAGCAUGGAAACGAUCAGGCAGAUAGGACGACCCACGGAGGUACCAGUGCAAGGUCUUCUCUGCGAUCUCCUUUGGUCCGACCCCUCAGAUAAUGUAGUAGGCUGGGGCGUCUCGCGUGACCGAGGAGUUUCAUUUACGUUCGGGAAAGAAAUCGUCUCCAGAUUUCUUAUUAAGUUUGACCUAGACUUGAUCGCCCGAGCCCACCAAGUCGCUCAGGAUGGCUAUGAGUUUUUUGCAAAUAAACAACUAGUCACCAUCUUCUCCGCCCCCAACUACUGUGGCGAGUUUGAAAACGCCGCAGCCAUCAUGACAGUAGCUGAUGACUUGACAUGUUCUUUUCAAAUUCUAAGACCUCCUAAUUAUAUAAAAUUACCAAAAAUAUCGCUGUCAGCUAAAAAUUCUCUUACAAAGAAACAAUCAUUCUAAUACUAAUUAUAAUGUAACUACCUAUAUACUGUAAGCGGGUUUUGAAUUUCAGAAAA